AUGGAUUGGUUGUUGGGCCCCAAGCGCGACGUGCACGCCUUGUACACGUUCAUGGCCCACAACCUCAAGGGGUACGACGCGUACCCUAUCCUGGAAGAGUGCGUCAAGCGAGGCAUCAAGCCCAAGUGCGUAUACCAAGGGAGUAAGGUCAUCACCAUGACGCUGGAAGGGAUCGCGUUUAAAGAUUCGGUGUGCUUUAUUCCCAUGGCCCUACGCAAGUUCCCGGCCACCUUCGGAACCUCGGGAGGCGACAAGGGUCACUUUCCUCACUUCUUCAACACGUUGGAGAAUGCGCAGUACGAGGGCCCUUUCCCCGCUCCCGAGUAUUACGGCGUGGACGACAUGGACGUCCGCGAGAAGGAAGCGUUCAUGGAGUGGUGGCACGAGCAGGAGGGCAAGACGUUCGUCAUGAAAAAGGAAAUCGAGAAGUAUUGCAUCCAAGACGUGAUGGUGAUGGCCCGAGGAUGUCUAAAGGUUCGGGAGCUUUACGUCGACAAGUUCGGCGUGGACCCCUUUGCGGAGUGCGUCACCAUUGCCUCGACCUGCCUGACGGUCUUCAAGAAGAACUUUUUGGAAUCGGAAGUGAUGGGCGUCGUGCCGCCGUUGGGGUAUCGUCAGCGGGACAUCCAAUCGGUCCAAGCCCUGGAGUGGUUGCACUCGUUGGGGUUGCCCGAACUGCGUUGGGCCGGAAGUACGCAGGGCGAGGCGACCUUGCAAGGCAGCAAAGUUGACGGGUACGAUCGGCGAACCAACACCGUCUAUCAAUUCCACGGGUGCUUCUACCACGGGUGCGAAGUGUGCUUCAGGCGAAGUCAGGUUCAUGCUCACCUGGGCGUAACCAUGGGCGAUCUGUUCGACAAGACGCGGGAGAGAACGUUGGAACUGCGUGCCGCGGGACAUCACGUGGUGGAAAUGUGGAGCCACGUGUGGGAUGCGGAACGCGAGUAUCACGUGUUCACCGAGUGGAUUAAGAACCUGGACCCCAUACAGCCUCGUGAAGCGUUGAUGGGCGGACGUACCAACGCCGUGGGACUCUACGCCUACUGCGAGGGKGAAGUCCAAGUCGACGAGUCGGACGACGAGGCCAUGGCCUUGAUGUUGUGCUCGGACCCCGUGCAUCGCAUACGGUACGUGGACGUGGUGUCGCUGUACCCUACGGUGAUGUGGGAGGAAGAGUACCCCAUAGGCCACCCCAUGGUGUACUUGGGCGACGAUUUGGAUUUAGACCCCGAGGAGAUCGCGGAUUGUAUUCUGGACGAAGAGUGGUUUGGCUUAGUCAAGUGCGACGUCGACCCUCCCCGAGGAUUGUUCUUCCCCGUGCUUCCGCGCAUCGCCGACCACAAGCUGAUGUUCACGUUGUGCGCGGCCUGCUGUGACGAAAAGGACGUGGACGAGAAUGAGGGUGGAGAGUGCACGCACACCCUAGAAGAACGGCGCUUGCGUCACGGCGUGUGGACGACCCCCGAGUUGAAGGAAGCGCUGAAUCAGGGGUACGAAGUGGCACAGGUGCACGAAGUGUGGCACUACCCCGAACGCAGCAGCGACCUGUUUCGAUC